AUGGCACUGUUCGCCGACCUGAUCGCGCCCUAUGAGUUUCAGGAGCAGGACCUCUCCGCCGCCAGGCUUAGCUACAGUUGGGGCCACCUGCUUGGAACCGACCAAUUGGGACGGGACCUGUUCAGCAGGAUCGUGUAUGGUGCCCGUGUGUCGUUGCAGGUCGGUAUCUACUCCGUUCUGAUAACGCUCGUUGGCGCGACUCUAUUGGGCGUAGUGACCGGGUACUACAGCGGGACCUGGGUCGACAACUCGAUUCAGCGCGUCGUUGACGGCUUCAUGACCAUUCCCUACCUGGUAUUCCUGCUUUUCGUCAUGUCCAUUCUCGGGCCAGGACUACUGAACAUCGUCAUCGCGCUCUCAAUUGAAGGCGUUCUUAUCAACUCCCGCAUCAUUCGCGCUCAGGUUCUUUCGACUAAAGAGAACCCCUACGUGGAUGCCGGACGUGCCAUCGGCGCGUCAACCCCCAGGCUAAUGAUUCUGUACAUCCUUCCCAACAUCAUGGCACCGAUCAUCAUCAUCGGGACCGUUAGCUUGGGACUGUUCAUUCUGGCUGAAGCGUCGAUUAGCUACCUUGGCUUCGGUAUUCCUCCUCCGUUCCCAACCUGGGGUGGGAUGCUGACUAGGUCUGGGCUCGACCAGUUCUACGUUGCGCCUCAUCUAGCGAUCUGGCCUGGGUUUGCGCUGAGUCUCGCCGUGUUCGGAUUCAACAUGUUCGGAGAUGCCCUCAGGGACCUGCUCGAUCCAAGACUCAGGGGUACGUAG